AUGGCUUCUGCAGCUUAUGGAGGAGCACCUCCAGUUGCAGACAGUAGAACACGUUCUGCGGCGAUGAAAAUGUUAAAGAAAGCCGAAAUGAAAUAUAAUGAAGGAGAUUUCUAUGAAGCUCAUCAAAUAUAUCGCAUUGCAUAUGCAAGAUUUCGGGCUAAAGAAUUAUAUAACGAUGCAAUGGAAGCUAUUCGUCCUGCAAUAUUACUAUUUACACGAUGUAAAUGCAUUGAUCUAGCGAAGGACCUGGCUUUGCUGAUUAUCGAAACUUUAACGGAUAGAAGGAUUCCAGUGACCACGGCUAUUCUAGAAAAUUUAUCUUCAAUCUGUGGCAUGUUCGAUUCAGAUAGUGACGCUAGGGUUACUAUCAUUGAAAAAGCAAUUUUGUAUACAAAAGCGGUUGGGAACCCGGAACAUGGCGACAAUCGACUAUAUAAACUUCUAGCAGAAAUGUAUUGGAAAGAGAAAAAUUUUGGCAUGGCUAUCAAAUGUUUAAUGUAUGGAAAUGCUGAAACGCUUGCAGGAGCCUUAGUUGAUUUAUCUAUAACGUUUGGGUACAACGAUGAAGCAGAUUUAAUAAUAACAAAUUGCAUUUUGCAACUGCUUUGUAGUAACAGAAAAAACAUUGCCGCUGCAACUUUGCAACACUAUGUUAAAACACAUCCUCAAUUAUCUGGUUCUCGAGCCCCUUUACCUCUUAUCAAUUUCUUAAAUUAUGUAAUUAGAGCAGUUGAAACGUAUUACCUCACGCAAAUUGGAAAAGUAUAUUUUAAGAAGACUAUGUCUUUUAACACAUUCAUUGAGGACACGGAUAAAUCCUAUAUCGUUGAAUCUUUGACAAGGUAUUUAAUGGAAAGAAAACAAGACAGUUCAAAUAGCGAUGAUGUCGUAGAAGAUGCCCGAAGCGUAAACGACUUGAUGAAUUGA